GUACAUUCCUACUUGACCCUAGUAAAAACUUGAAGUCUACAUUUGACCUUGAGCUCUGUUCAGAAUGCGUCGGCGACUUCUAUCUGAGUCCCAAGUUGAUAAGGAGUACUUUAACUCCCUAAUUGAACAACAAAAAGUCGAUGACAUCACAAUUGGUGUCUUUUAUCAUUCUCGCACACUAACCGUGCUAGUUGUCAUCUGGUUAUGUUUGGCCUAUUUCGCUUUUUCAAGGUCCUCUACACAAUCACUGCAGCAAAAUUUAUAUCAUGCAUUUAUCGCUGUGUGUGUCAUAUUUUUAUUGAUUUCGGUGAUGAUAAUGCCUAAUGAAACCGAUAAAGUUUAUCAAGUCAAAUAGCUUACUUUUUCUGAAUUUGGCGAAACCAAGACUCUGUGCUCGACAGUCUGGAGGACAGUUUAGAAUUACACCUGUAAGAAACUACUUCAUACACUGGGUUUCUCCAUAGUAGUUCAUCUCAAACCCAAUUAUAUGCCGUUUCAUAUUUGACUCAUCAGAAUGUUACACCACUGAUUGUUGUUACCAUUGCAAUCCUAAGUGGUUUUUUAUAGUUUACCCCAUCUUAUAUUUUAUAACCAAAUGCUUUUAAUGAGUGUAUCCUUUUAUCAUGAUAAACAGUGUUUAUCCAUACUAAAAAUAAACUUUCAAAUUCAUUCUAGGCCCAUUUAUUCGACCACAUCCAGCCCUAUGGAGGAUAGUCUUCGGUGCUAGUUUACUAUAUUUUCUAUGUUUAGUUGCAGUUGUGUUUCUUCGUCUAGAUGAAGCUCGCGCCAUUUUGAUUUGGGUUUAUCCUGAACUGAAAUAUAUGCGUCAUUCUGAUAUUCUUGACAAAGAGUAUGCUGUUAAUUGUAGUGAGAUAUCACUUGCUCGAGUUUAUUCUCAUAUGGAUAUCUUUGCAUUGGCACAUUUUCUUGGUUGGCUUAUUAAAGCAAUUCUAUUGAGACAUCAUAUUAUUGCAUGGACUUUGUCGAUCAAUUGGGAAAUAACCGAAGUAGCUUUUUCACAUAUUCUACCAAAUUUCAAUGAAUGUUGGUGGGAUAGUCUCAUCUUGGAUAUAUUAGUCUGUAAUGGUUUAGGAAUACAAUGUGGUAUGUGGUUAUGUCGUUGGUUAGAAAUGCGUGAUUAUCAGUGGGAUUCUAUCCGUAAUAUACCAAGUGCACGUGGUAAAUUAAAACGUGCAUUUUUACAAUUUACACCACGCAGUUGGACACAUACACGUUGGUUACACCCAGAUUCAUCGAUACCACGAAGUGUUUUACUCAGUCAAUUAAUACUAGUCUGGCAAUUGGCUGAAUUGAAUUCAUUCUUUUUAAAACAUAUAUUUAUUGUUAAACCAAGUCAUAUUUUAACACAAUUACGCUUACUUUUAAUUACAUGUAUAUCAGCACCCGCUAUAAGACAAUACUAUUUAUACGUCACUGAUCCACAUGUUAAACGUUUUGGAUCUCAACUAUGGCUAUUUACUGCAAUAAUCCUUACUGAGUUAUUAGUUUGCUUAAAAUUGGGUAGUGAAAUAUUUGAAAAUACAGUCUUCUGGAAUCUUAUUUACUGGGGUAUAUGGAUGGUAUUCAGUUCCUUUUUAACUGUAUGGAUUGGUCGAUAUUUGGCAAAUGGUCAUCCGUCUAAAAGUCUGUCAUCGUCGUCAUCAGAUAAUGAAGAGAAUAUCAAUAACCACAAUCAAUCAUCAUGUAUAAAUUCUAAAGGGAAUUCUGAAAAUAUUGAUAACUUAGAUAAUAAAUCACGUCAAGUGACCAUAUCAGAUGAUGUCAUCACAUUUGAUAGAUUAUCACAAACAAGUACAACACAUAUGUCGUCGUUAUCAAUAUCGUCAUCAUCGGCAUCAUCUUCACUGGUCAAUAUUUCGAAUCAUAUUAAAAAGGAAUAAUAAUACUACUUACUAAUCAUAUAUUAGUAGUAUUAUUACUAAUAUAUAAUUAAUAAUCAAUCAGUGGUACGCAUGCUCAGAGAUUGGGAGGGGGGUGGUUGAUUGUAGCCAAGAUCAAUUCACUAUUUUAUUUUCUCAAAUUUUAUUCGUGAAAUUGAGUCAGUACUGAUUUUAUUAUUAUUAUUAUUAUUAUAAAUAUUAAGGACACUGUAAGUAACUAUCAGUCAAUGUACUGCAUAUGUGUAUGUAUUUGCAUUUUUAUUUUACUCGUUUCCUCUCUACUUACCUUUAUCUGCUGUCUUAUAUUUAAUCGUUCAAGUAUCACUUGAUAGUGGAGCAGUUAUAUAAUGUGUUCAACUUUUGACCAGUAAAUCAAAGGUUCGAAUCAUACCCUACUUUCUUUGGGGGGGGUGUAAUUCGAAUAACUCCAAGUAAAAUGUAACAUAGGACUACACACACACCCACACAAGUACACAUUUAAUUAAUAGCUGAAAAUUGGGCAAUCAAAUGAAUUUUUAUCUUAUUUAAAAAAAUCUCAUCAGUUUUGCUUUGCUCAAUCGUGAGUUGGCGGUGAGCACCACCAUGCUUUUCUUAAAAACUACAUUAGCCUUUGCAACAAACUGUAUUUAUACAAAUCAAUUAUACAAAUAUCCCCUUUCUUUUUGUUUUACCUGGUUUGGAUUAUUUUAAAUACACAAAUUCAGAAUAUUGAAUCAUCUCUCCUUCUCCUCCUCCGCCCCCCUCAUCGUCUUCUCAGUUAUUCCCAUUUUUUUCUCUUUAUCAAAUGUAUAAUUCCAUUUUUUUGUUUUUAAAAAAAUCCUUAUUAUUAUUCCCCAAGGAAUUUUAUUCCUUCUGUUAUACUCUUGUAUAGUUUAGUAUGCUUUUGUCACCAACGGCAACAACAACGAAUAUGUUUCAUAAUUUGAUGGAAAAUAUAAGUUGAUUGAUUUGUACAAAAUUCAACUAAUCUACUUGGUACUUUAUCAUAUUACUAUUACUAAUAAUAGUAGUAGUAUGAUGAUGAUUAUUAUAACUAAAUAAAUCAUUUGAUUAAAGCACUUGACAACCUUAACAUACUUGUGGAAAUGUUGCCAAGGUUUUUUUAUGACUCGAACAAAAUACGUGACAUACUAAUAAUACCGAAGAUCACAAGUGGUGGUGGUGAUGAUGCUUAGGGGACUAAUCGACUUUAAGGUAAAUAAAUAAUUAAAAUCAUGAACCGAUCCAAGCCUGGAACUACUGGAUGACUGUUUCGUUCAAGUAUGACAUUAGUAGUGUUCACCAACGACACAACAAGCAAGAAUCAAACGCAGGAAUUGGGUUUCACUUGCAAACACUUAAUAUCUAGAUCACUGUGUUCCUACCCAAGAGUUAUAAUGUCUAAUUUCAUUCAAUUCACG